GCUCACUGAUGACGUCACUCUUCUGCGACCCGAGUGUGUGAGCCUCGUCGAACGAUAACAACAACAGCACGACGAGAGCGAAUUGGAAACAAAAACUCAGAAACUCUCGCUUCCACAGGGACGACGCUGAGAGAAAAAUGACCAUAUGUAACUUUUUUCUUCAAGGUCGUUGUCGAUACGGCGAUAAGUGUUGGAAUGAACACCCGAGAGGAGGAGGAGGAGGAGGAGGAAACAGAGGUGGUGGUGGUGGUGGAGGAUAUAACAACCGAUCCACAAAUCAACAGCAGUCCAGAGGAGGUGGAGGGUUUGCUAACAGAGUUUGGGUGAAUCCUGACCACCAAAAAGGAAGCUACAUCAAGGCUUCAUCCUUCUCAUCUCACGGUGGUGAUGACUGGGGCCAAGGAGGACAAGGAGGGGCUGACUGGGGCAGAGGAGGCGGAGGGAAUGACUGGGGCAGAGGAGGAGGAGGAGGAGGAGGAAGAGGAAGAGAUAAUGUAAAAAGCUACGAAUUUGGCUAUUCCUCUCAGAACAGAUUUUCAGCACUUGAUACUCCCACCACAUUCGAUAGAGGAGGAGGAAGAAGAGAAGGAGGAAAACCUGGCAAUGAAGAGGAUGACAAACAAGUGGACAUCAUUCAGAAGGACAUGGAGGCUUGGGAGAGUUCGAGACAGUGGUGCCUCUCUUGUUACUCGAACUCCUUGGCACCUUUAUCUGGUUUCACUGAUGUCUCUCCAGAAGAGCUCAGGCUGGAGUUUUACUCCACAAGAGCCUCAGGAGAUGUGCAGGGCUAUAUUAAUGGUGUCAAUCAGUUGCUCAACCAGUGGAGAAGCAGAAUCCAGGAACUGAAGGUUAUGAAUCCAGCCACACGCACAGCAUUGCUUGCAGAGUUAAAAAACCCAGUUCCUCAGGCGUCUUCAAGUGGCUUUGGUACAAUGCCAGCAACCGGUUUUGGAUCCACGACAUCAGACUUUGGAAGCAAAGGCUUUGGUUCUGCAGCACCAGUGCAGGCCAGCAGUUUUAGCUUUGCUGCUACAAGCGGUGGAUUUGGUGCACCAUCAUCUUCGGCAGGAUUUGGUAGUGCCACAGCAGCUCCUGCACAACCUCCUUCGGGAUUUGGUUCCACCUCCGCGUCGUCAGCUUCAACGUUCUCCUUCGCUGCGGACACCAACAAACCAGCAGCCACCUCAGGAUUCGGCUCGGCCUCUGGGUUCAGCUUCUCCUCUUCAGCGAAUACCGGUGGAGGGUUUGGGAGUGGUUUUGGGUCUGGUGCGCCUGCAGCAGCAGCAGCAGCAGCAGCAGCAGGAGGUAGCAGCAUUUUUGCACAGAAGAGCGGGGGAUUUGGAACACCAGCUGCAGCAGCAGCAGCUGGAUCUGCUGGUGAGGCAUUGGACAGUCUGUUUUCACCCGAAAGCAAUCUGACUCCAGAGGAGCUGAGUCAGUUCAAGGCUAAAAGGUUCACACUCGGUCAGAUUCCUUUAAAACCACCUCCAGCUAACAUGCUGAUAAUAUGAUACAACUCAAAUAAAGAGAUGUAGUUUAUGCAGACGUGAUGUGUUAUUGAAUAUAGUUUUUGUUAUCCUAAUUAUUUUUUUAAAUACAGCAGAGAGAGAACAGCUAUACACUAUAUACGUUUUUGUAUUUUGUGAAGUAUUUCUUUUGUUACAAAAUUCUAUUUCUGGGUUUUAUAAUGGCCUGGAUACUUUGAACCUAAUUCAGCAAAAGUUGUGUAUGUUCAUGAGUGUUUUAGGAUAAAGGUCAUGACAUAAACCAUCAUGACAACAAUUAAUUAAAAGCUUUUUUGUAUUUUGUUGGAAA